CAUUGAGCGCGGCGGUGGUAAAGGUCUCUGAAAGGACAACUCCCACCGGGAUUCGUUCCCCCUCCUCCAGGAACUGCCGUCCGCGGGAUCCCCAUUGUGGUGCCUCUGGGCCUCGAGAUGCUCAUCUCCCCUGAAGGGUUUCCUGUCUUCGUACCUGAACGCUCAACAGCUCCUCCUCCACCAUAUGCUCCUUCCCCACCAGCAGCGGCCAACUCAAGUCCAGCUUUAUCGCAACAACAACAGCAGCAACACUACCAGCAUGGAACACCGACCCCGCCUUCGAGGCACAAUACGCUAACGUCGCAACACUCUUCCAACCACUUCUCACCCCCUUCUGUGCCGCUUUCUCCUGCUCCACCAACCCCAAUCUCUCAAACAUCCAUGCCCCUGCCUCACCAGAUGCCGAUCCCGAGUCCACACUAUCAGCGACCGAUGCACCCACCGCCCGCCUCACAUGCAUACCCGCCUUCAACAUAUAUACCCCAAUUACAACCGCAGCCACUACCACAAGCCCAGCCGCCAACCCCACCUGUUGGGUUGACAUUCGCAAGUAUAAUGACCUCGUUCAGAACAUCCUCAGAAAGCGUUUCGGCCUGGACGUUUUAUUCAUUAGGUUUGGCACAUAAUCCGGGGCAGAAGGAAAUCGCGAUCACAUUGCGUCAACGACCCAGCAACUAUACCCUCGAAACUGUUCAGCCGAUCAUGUAUCAGCUCUUUCAUCAAAUGAACUCUCAUAUUCAGGCGUCUGGUGGAAAGCCACUCACCGCAGGAGAAGUAUUUCCUUGUCGAUUAAACACACCUGAUGCUGGGUCUUUGGAUCUGGCGAUCCUUCUGGUCCAUGCCCCACCAGAAUGCAAAUCCACAUUAGAGAACAAGGACGUGUUAUAUGGAGUUAUCGCAACAUUGGACGAGAUGGCGGUCUUCUCAAAGUAUGGCGCUGCAAGGACGUUGACGAACAUGGGCAACGAUCUCGAGACAUGGCCGAUCCCCCUCUGGUCGGAUUGGUCGCGUCCCUCGUUGGUGAAUCUGAACGAUUUCCAAGGAUCUCUCACAGAAAUGGUGCUGGUAUUGCCGACAAAGAACGUUGUGGCGACAUUGGAUACGAUCUCGCAUCGGCUGACCCUCGUCGUAUCGUCGACUGCGUUGGAGCUGAUUCAAGCGGACUUCAGAAGAUUUCCGCCAGCACAGCCAGGGGUGAUUAACGACCUGGCAAGAAUCACCUUUAUGCUGGAUCUGGAUGCAGGCGCUCAGGCGUAUCUGACCUGGAGGACCGGACAGGAUGGGCCCGCCAUCUUCAAUGCGCGACCGAACCCGACAAGUUUCCAUGGAUGUUGGCUGUCGUUCACUGGGAUUGGCCCGCAUGAGGAGGCGACGGUGCAUGAGAAUGUGGCGGCCAGAGAGGAUGGCAUCGAGGUGAAGAUGAAGGGCUCGACAUGGGAGAGACUUUACCAGGCACUAAUUUCAAGAACACCAGCCGUUGUCCCUGUGGGAUCCGAGACUGUGCACCUCAGCUACGCGUAGACGUGAAGCACAUGCAAUAAUAAUAAAUUAGCGAUGGUGCAUAGUCUGAUAGUCUGUGGAACGCCAUUGGAAUCAUGCCAAGCGUCGUCCACAUAAAAAAUUUCCGUAUGCGGUGUCCACUUUUAAGCUUUCUCGGGCGACGGGAUCGUGAUCCAACGAUUCUCUCUUCGCCCUUUGCCAUCCUCAUUCCGACACACAACGUCCGGUUCUGCUCUUCGACCAUCCCACUCGUAUACAAAGAGCAA